AAAGCCCGAAAACGAACCCUAGAAAUAAAAGUAAAGGAACUGAAAUACUCAUUUCACUCUCAUCUAUUUUCACUCUCUAAUCCAUCCCUCAUCUCCGACGCCAUGCCUGGACCCGUUGUCGAAGAGACUGAAGCCGAGAAGAAGCUUCUGGAUGAGCCAUUGGUGGAGGACGUGAAGGAAGACGAGGAGCAUGAUGAUGAUAUAGAUGACACCGACGAUGAAGAUGAUGACAAGGACGACGAAAUUAUAGGAGGAGGAACUGAAGGUUCCAAGCAAAGUAGAAGUGAGAAAAAGAGCCGUAAGGCGAUGCUAAAGCUUGGCAUGAAGGCCGUUCUUGGUGUCAGCAGAGUCACUAUUAAGAGAACCAAAAACAUAUUGUUUAUCAUCUCGAAACCUGAUGUCUUCAAGAGCCCAAAUUCCGAGACCUACAUCAUCUUCGGUGAGGCCAAGAUUGAGGACUUGAGCUCUCAGCUCCAGGCCCAGGCUGCUCAACAGUUCAGGGUGCCAGACAUCAGCUCUGUGACGACCAAGCCAGAACUGUCUGCUUCGGCUGCAUCUGACCAAGUGGAUGAAGAUGAAGAAGAGGUUGAUGAGACGGGUGUCGAGCCUCGUGACAUUGAUCUGAUCAUGACGCAAGCGGGGGUGACGAGGACCAAGGCUGUCAAGGCACUCAAAACUCACAGUGGAGACAUUGUGAGUGCUAUCAUGGAGCUCACAACCUAGACAUUAUUAUAUUUUUGCAUCUUGUUAUAUUUUUUUGGUACAAUCUUAGUUUCAUUGCUCGAUUCUCUUGACAGUUUUGUUGAAGUUAUGAAAAUGUGCCCCCCAUUUUUCUGUUGAA